UGAUUGAAGAACGGAAGAAGAGCGGGUCUCUCUGCACUUGAUACUAUGAUCCUGCACAGCUCUCAUUUUAAGGAGUCUUCUUACACUUUUUCACUCUGGACUUUAAUGCUGUGCUCAGCUUUCGUCUUAAGGACUCAUGUUCAAGGGUUUGUAUGAAGAAGAGGAGGAAGAUGAUCUGGAUUCCUGUUGAGGUUUCAUGAUGGAUUUGAAGUCUUUCCCCGGGGUGUCUCUGUGGACUUUCAUCCUCAGUUUGGUUAAAGGAUCAUUUGUAGUGAAUGUGACUCAGAGCUCCUAUCAGGCAGAGGAGAACCACAACAUCACACUGGAGUGGACGUUCACCACCAAAUCAGACGCGUUCAUCUCAUCACUGAAAGUCCGCUGUAGACUGAGAGCUGAUCAAAAAUACUCAGUUCUUUAUUAUGUGUUUGAUGGAGUCGAGUUCUCAGACGUUCAGGAUGAAAAGUUUUCAGGGCGAGUCCAGAGUGACAAAGACGCCCUCAGAGAAGGACGAAUCAGACUGCAGCUGUCCAGACUCAGCACUGAGGACUCGGGUCUGUACCUGUGUGAGGUGACCACAGGUGAUGGCAGCGGCUACAACAGCUGCAGAGUCACCGUCUCUGAUCCAAACUUUCCUAAAACCUCAACAACGCAGACGCUCCUGCAUCCCAGAAACCUCCAAACUCCAGAUCAUCAGGAUGAGAUUCCAGGAAACGCAGGUCGGUGCAGGGUCUCUGUGGUCAUCGUUGUCGUCGCCUUCAUAUCAGUCGUAGUUGUCACAUAUUUCUCUCACCGCCUUCGUCUGAAACUAAAUAAGCGUCCAGAGGAUGAGACACAAAAACAACCACUACCAGUGUAGGUGCCUUGCUCAAAGGAGCGUUGGUGUUAAUGGAGCAUAGAACAUCGAGCUUAAUUGACUCUGGAUCUUCACUGGCAGGCUGGGGAUUCAAACCAGCAGCACUGAGAUCCAUCAUAAGGUCAUGUCUACAAGUCUGACAUGAGUCUGAUUUGAACUUGAACUUUGACCCCAGCUGAAGACUCAAACCAUGUCCAGAUUAUUUACAGAGCAGAUUUUCAAAGAACAAAGUUUUGUGCAACUCUGAGAACCACAGAGUGUAAAAGAGGAAACAGCUGUUUGAUCAAUGAACCAUAAAGAUGUCUUAAUCAGACUGGAUCCAGCAUCACCCACUGAAACAGAUGGAUUCAUCAAAGCUGUUUGGGGGGAUUUAAAGGACCUGAGUGUAGGAGCGCAGACCUCUGGGACCACAUUCACUGAGCUCUGACAGUUUGUGUGACUUCAUGUUUUUGUUCUACCAUUAAUGUCACUGAGAAACUGAGCUAGAAGCAGAUUCCAUAAGUACCUCAGAGGCCUCCUACACUGUGUUAAUGAACUGCUGCACAAAUGUCUUUGUUUCUGCUCUGUCAUGGCCGCCUCUCCUUCUAUUCAUGGUUAAACUCACACACACUGAGUGUGAGCUGCAGCGUGACCUUCAGCUCGCUCAUUUUAUUGCCUCAAAUAUUUCAGUUCAACUCCAACCACUUUCACCACUUCCAUCAAUGGACACAAUUUACAUGCAGCGACGCAAAAGGAGGGCACAGCACAUUAUCAGGACCCACACCACCUGCCCACACUUUCCUCAGGUCCAAACACACGCACAGCACCAUCAUCAGUUCAUUUCCUGCCACCGUCAGACUGAUGGCAUCCCAGCACUCUGAGUAAAGAACUGUUCACUUCCAAAAUCCACUGUGUAAUGUUUCUAAUGUGAAUAAAUAUAAUGUGCAACAUUGAUUUCUUGAAACAACAUUCAUUGGUGCAAUAUCUGUUUGAUCUACAUGUGCAGAGUACACUGUGUUUGGAAUAUUUAGUGAGCAAUAACUGCUGUUCACAGUCUCCAGUAGCCUCGUACUUUGGAAUAUAGAUUUAUUAGAAGCACAUACUUUUUAUACUUUGUUUCUAUCUAUAUAUUUUUAUAUCUGCAUUGCUGUUUCCUGUUUUUAUAGCAAAUGCAAAUGAAGUCCCUUAAAUCUUGACAGCUGCAUGUUGUUUGAGUUGUGGUGUCUGUUGUCUUAUUUUGUUGCUGCUUUCACUGCUUGUAGUCUUUGGUUUUAAAAGUUGCUUUUUAAACCCUUGACAAAGGGUUGUGUACUGACAUUGGCAUCGUUGUACUGAUUUAAUUAUUUAAAUAUUUUUAUUUUAUUUUUUGUC